AUGAGUAACGCUGGCUCCCUGACUGUGAUGGCAAAACACAAUAGAGAGACGGUCAGGGAAACACUCAGAGACACAGACAGGGGAGCGGAGGAUGGGGUUCGACACAGUCUUCCAGCCCUUGUAGUCGCUGUAUCUGUGGGUUUCACCCGAGCUAGAGGUUACGGCACACCAAGUUAUUGUUGGUUGUCUCUGGAAGGGGGGCUGCUCUAUGCUUUCGUUGGUCCUGCUGCUGUCAUUGUACUGGUAAACAUGCUGAUUGGAAUUGUGGUCUUCAACAAGCUCAUGUCUAGAGAUGGCAUCUCAGACAAGUCCAAAAAGCAAAGAGCAGGUCCGCCGUUGGAAGCGCGUAGCAGGCUGCUCCUGAAAUGCUCCAAGUGUGGCGUGAUCUCCAGUACCGCCCUGUCCAGCUCUACCGCCAGCAGCGCCAUGGCGUCAUUAUGGAGCUCUUGUGUGGUUCUCCCUCUGCUGGCGCUCACGUGGAUGUCAGCUGUGCUGGCCAUCACAGACCGCCGAUCAACCCUCUUCCAGGUGCUCUUCGCCGUCUUUGACUCAGUCCAGGGAUUCGUCAUCAUCACCGUGCACUGUGCCAUGCGCCGAGAGGUGCAGGAUGCAGUGCGCUGCAGGAUGGGUGGCUGCAAAGACGACAGUGAAAACUCUCCGGACUCCUGCAAGAACGGCCAGGUGCAGAUCAUGACGGACUUUGAGAAAGAUGUGGACUUGGCUUGUCAAACGGAGAGAGGACACCCAUUCAUCUUUAAGGAGGUAAACACCUGUAACCCUGCUACCAUAACUGGCACUCUAUCCCGCAUCUCCCUGGAUGACGAGGACGACCCCAAGUUGUCGGCUCAUCAGGAAGGCGUUAAUUUCAGCAGCCUACCUGGGAAUAUCCCACCGCCUAGCCUACUGGUGCAGGUACCUGCUUUGGGUACCCUGAAUGAGCUAAGCGAGCAACCGCUGAAGAAGGAUGUCAAUGUGGAGCAACUAGGCCAGCAUCAGCGAUCCGGGCCCAUCUACCUGUGCACCGAGAGUGGGCUGGGUUGGACCCGACCAAACCCUUCUUCCACCCAGGAUUCAGCUGGAGGAGGUGGGGAAGGGGACUACAUGGUGUUGCCCCGUCGGACAGUCAGUCUCAAGCCCCCUCCUCCACCCCAGGAUGAGGGGAAGCCCCUGAACAUUACAGUAGAUGACCCUCCCUUUCCUCCGCCCCCUUCACCCUUGACUCUGCAUCCAGCUGAGAGUGAGGCAUACCCUGCAGACUUUGCAGCUGUGGACCACAUCAGCAUGAACCUAAACCGCUCCUACAGCACUCUCAAACAUUUGCCGGCCCACACCGGCCACACGCACUCCAACACCCACACCCUGCAGGUCAAGCAGAAUCGUCCCUCUGUCCGGCAGAUCCUUACCUCGGGAACGGUGGAGCACACCAGAACCCUUCCCCGCAACCUGGGCAGCACCAACACCAGCCUCUCGGCUGGAUCUUUGGAAAGGAAAAGAGUACGGUACUCUGAGCUGGACUUUGAGAAAGUGAUGCACACUCGCAAAAGACACUCAGAGCUGUACCAUGAACUCAACCACUCCACCAAGUUCCACACCAUAGACAGGUAUAACAGGGACCCUGCCAUGUCCUCCUUCAAGAGGGAAAAGCGAUGGAGCAUUUCGUCUGCCGGAGGUGAAAAGAAUUCUUCGAGUGACAAGUCCACCACAGAUGACCAGCGAUCUUGGGACAGCUUUAAGACCAUGAUCCCUGAGCAGAUGUGUGGCUCCAACGAACAUAAGGACAGACUGGAGUUACGCAGUAAACCAUGGGACACAUCCCCAGUCAACACACCUGACACAUCCGAAGGAGACUUCCAGACUGAAGUGUGAAGAGAACGCACACCUACAACAAACUGAGAGACAACUAAACCCUCGUAUGUACUCUUCAGCAAGACUUCUUCUAAAGGAUUUGGUACUUGUGAGGACAGACCAGAGAUGAAGAGUGCUCUAUUCUAUAUUUUCACACAGAGACGUUAAAUGAAAGAGUGGGGCCUGGAGAGUAUGGUAAAACAUUUUUAACAAACUGUUUCCUGUCUUGAUUUUACUCCAGAAAGGAUUCUCUUUCACCUGUUUGAUGAUUUGGGAAUUUAAAAAAUAAUAUUUCUGCACCCUUCUUUUUAUAGAGGAACGAAAAAAAAAAAAAUCAGUACUGAUGAUUCGCACACUGUUUAAUAACCCCUUAGGGUUUUUUUUUUCUCUCUCUCUCCUUUCUGUCUUCUCAUUCCUUGGAUGUUUCAAGUUCCGUUUUCCCUUUUUCUCGCUUUGUUUUUCCAGGGGAGAGGAAGUUUUGAAAGUAUUCAUUAAUAUGUGCCAUCCUCUGCAUUUUUUUUUCUUUCUCUGCAUCAGGCCUACUGUACUUAUAUGCUUAUUUUAGCUAUGUAAUUUUUUGGUCCAUUAUUCUUUUUAUUCCAUUUUCUAAAAGAGUUCUUUUUUGCUAUGUCUAAGCUUCAGGUAUCAUUUUAUGGGUGGAAGUAGAUCUACAUUGUCAUA